AUCGGCUGAUGCCGAGGUUGGCUAGGGAGAUGACGGAGAGGUGCGGGUGGCUUCGGAGGACUUCCUCUGUCCAUUCCCAAAUUCAAACCUGAGAUCGGUUCCGCCAUGAAAUUAGCAAGCUCUGUGUAGCUAGUUCGUAUCUUACCCUCACAUCAGCGGCGGCGGCUGGCUCCCCACGAGGAAGGGAUGAAGAUCGAGAAGAGCUUGCGCACCCUUGGUGACGCGGAUCUCAAGGGGAAGAAGGUGUUCGUGCGCGCCGACCUUGACGUGCCGCUCGACAAUGCGCAGAUCACCGACGACACCCGCAUCCGCGCCUCUGUUCCCACCAUCAAGUUCCUCAUUAAGAAGGGCGCCAAGGUCAUUCUGGCCAGCCAUCUGGGCUGCCCAAAAGGUGUCACCCCCAAGUUCAGCUUGAAGCCUCUUGUUCCACGCUUGUUUGAGCUCCUUGGAGUUGAUGUUGUGAUGGCCAAUGACUGCAUUGGUGCAGAAGUUGAGAAAUUGGCUGCUGCUUUGCCAGAGGGUGGUGUUCUACUCCUAGAGAAUGUUAGAUUCUACAAAGGGGAAGUAAAUAAUGAUCUUAAGUUUGCUAAGAAGCUUGCAUCAGUUGCUGACCUUUACGUGAAUGAUGCUUUCGGCACACCACAUUGGCCUCAUGCUUCAACAAAGGGUGUAACCAAGUUUUUGAGUCCUAUAGUUGCUGGCUUCUUCCUGAUGCAGAAGCCUUCUGAAGAAGUUGACAAGAAAAUACUCAUCGAAGGAGCACUGUCACGAAUUACUGACUGUAAAAGGAACACCAGCAGCAUUCAACAAGCCAUCUUAAAAUUAAGCACUCUUACAGUGGAUUCCGAAGACUGCUGUGAGGCACUUGUCGUUGCCAGUGGCGUACACAUACUGGAGAAUCUAAUGCAUCGAUCCAACGAGAAAGUCCGGAAUCAAGUACUCUAUACACUGUGGAACGUUGCACAAUUCCCACAUCUUCUAUUAGUUCUUGCUUACGACUCACUGGUUAAUACUUUGUUCACGGAUCUGAUAAGCGAGAAGAGUGAAGCGUCUUUCACCGCAUGUGGUAUUUUGAAGAAGUUGUGUGAGUCCGCAGGUAAGCAUGAAAUCCCUGAAAUCCCUGGGCUUUGUCAGGACAUAACACGUCUGCGCACUGUGGUGGAAUUGCGCGAGCGGCAUGUGAAACAGGAGAGGACGAGGUAUCGACGCACGGAAUUCCUUGAGGACAAAUUGCGGCAGCUUAGGGAGAUUCGCGCCCUCUGCCAACUUAUCGAAGAAUUGAUUGUCGCCCGGGGGUAAAUUUUGUAGACAGGCAUGAUGGAACCCCUUUGUGUCGGCAAGCAAAUUCAUUGUAGACUGGAUCUUGCUUUGUGGUUGUUUUGCAUGAGUCGUGGUAGUAAGGCGGUAAACCAUCUCUUUGCAGCAAUGGCAGCCCAAGCCUAAGCUUCUGCCGUUGGUCGACGUGCUAGUGCUCAAGGAGGAGACUACUCGACCACCCACUCGCAGAUGCAGUACCCGCCAGUUCCACCGAGCUUUGGGCGGGCUAUGAUGUGGAGCCAUUAACCUGUACUCUAAAACUUCCCUCCUUUAUUAAUGAAUAAGGCAAGUCUUUUGCCUCUGUUUCAAAAAGAAAAAGUUCCACUGAGCUAGUGCUCCUAGCUGAAGCCUUU